GCGACGCUCACGAACCUCGCAGGGGACCGCAGCCAGCCGCGCCGGCGUCAGCAUCCAGCUCGGAGAAGAAACGACAGAUCAACGCACCGGCCGGGAUCAAUGGUGGUGCUGCGCGGGUUGCCGUCCGGUGCUUCCAGCAGGCGCUCAUUGUGACACGAGAGUUUAUUCCAAAAAAGAUGCCCUCACCCCGAGAAUCUCCGCCAGAGGAGGCGGCCACCCCCGCGUGCAGUGACUGUGCCACGCCCCCGCCAGAGGCGGACGCCGACCCAGACGACGGGCGUCUCUUCAAUGCCACCGCCCGAAAUGCCAGGGGCGCCCCUGACAACCACAGGCCCGCGACGCCGACACCCGCAGGCGGCAAGGAGGCAGCGUGGCAGCGACAGGUGCCGCUGCUCAAGUCGGUGUCGCACGCGUACAUCGCGACGGCGCGCCUGCAGCAGCAGCUGCAGCAGUACCACCACCAGCAGCCGGCGCAGAGCCAGCCCGACAGCAGCGGCAGCAGCCGGCUGGGGGGCGCAGCGCCGCUGCCCUACCCGCCCCCCGCCUGGAGGGCGCCCGGUUCCAGCCUCGACCGGCCCGUCGUGCUGGAGAACUGCACGCCGCUGCCGCCCUACAGGGCCUGCCACUGCGGGAGGAUCAAGGGAGGCGGCGGCGGAGAGGACUCGAGCACAGUGUGCGGGACUUACGACGGCGAGGGCAUCACGGCGGAGGGCCUGUCGUGGCGCCGACUCCACAUGUCGCGCGCCAAGCUCAAGGCCACCGCCACCACCUCGGAGCUGCUCUCCGGGUUCGCCAUGGUGGCGAUGGUGGAGCUGCAGAUCAACGAGCCGACCAAGGUGCCCGAGUGGCUGUUCGUCAUGUUCUCGGUGUGCACCACGGUGCUGGUGGCUGUGCACAUCUUCGCGCUCAUGAUCUCCACCUACCUGCUGCCCAACAUCGACGCCGUCAGUAAACUGCAGGUGCAGGAGCUGGUGGGCGAGUCCCCGCACGAGCGCAUGCGCGGCUUCAUCGAGCUGGCGUGGGCCUUCUCCACGGUGCUGGGGCUCUUCCUGUUCCUGGUCGAGGUGGCCAUCCUGUGCUGGGUCAAGUUCUGGGACUACUCGUUCACGGCCGCGUGGGCCGCCACCGUGAUCGUGGUGCCCGUGCUGAUCGUGUUCGUCGCCUUCGCCGUGCACUUCUACCACAAGCUGGUCGUGCACAAGUGCGAGAGCUCCGUGGCCGACAUCCAGGAGCUGGAGGCCAUGAAGCAGCAGCUCGACUCGGCCACGCUGGCCCACUCCAAGGUGUGAGGGAGGGGCGGCCGGACGGUGCACCAACCUGCCCAGCGCCUCGGAGCUGUGACGUUAUUUUGAAUCUGCUGCACGCCACUCGUCAGAGAGUUUAGCCUUUGGAGGACGCAUAGUGGCACAAGUGCGUGAAACAGAAACAAAAGUUUAACCAGUGAAUGCGGAUACUUGAAACGAUGCAAGGCUGUGAGAAUUUACUGACCGUGUCGAGUGACAAAGUCGGAAGAAGAAAUGAGCACGGAAGACGCGAAGACACGAAACACCGUCGUUUUGACUCCUCUAG